CCGGUGUCGGACUGCUGCACGAAAUUGGUGUGUGCAUUUCAGAGAAAAAAGUGAACAGAAGAGAAAAAAGAACGAUCAAAGAAGCGGAGGUGUAAGAGUGUCGAUUCAAAAAGAACCUCCUUUCUAGUUCUGAUGUCCUCGCAGUGAGGUGUUUAAUGGUCUCCAGGCAGUCCACUUGAGAAAGGAGACUUAGAAGAGAAAAUGCAGACACUUGGGGAAGAGAAGUGUUUGCCACAGAGCAUGGCCUCCGUCAAAGAGGGUGGCACAGAUGGAAGGCUGAAGCUCAUUAAAGAGGAGGACUGUGAAUGGGGUACACCAGAGGAUGUGUGUGUGAAAGUGGAGGAAUGUGAAGAAAGAAUUCCCAUUUUUAAAGAGGAGGAGUGCAAGGUGGGGGUUGUUGAAGUUAAAGUCGAGGAUCUGGAAGAUUUCUCGGUUAGUCUUAAACAGCAACACCUUGAAACUGAAAGUAGUUUGAAACAGGAGUUUUCUGAAGAAUCUCAUUCCAGCUUACAGCUCUGGCUUCAUAACACGAGACAACUGGCUGCCCAGCAGAACUCUGUGGAACUGAAGUCUGAAUUAUCUGAGUUUGAUGAAAAAAUGAUUGAAGGAAACGGAAGAGAAGGAGACCAGCAAAGUGUGCGGCUAAAUAUGCAGGAGGGCCACAGCUUCUCCCCACCUUCAUUUGUGCAGCCUUCCCUUCAGGGUAGACUUCAAUGCCGACAGGACAAGGAGAAGAAGAAGAAAUCAACAAGAGGAUUGGAGAGUUUGACAGCAGAAUCUUUGCAGUGCAGUUCUCUUCCUGAUUCCAGACUGAGACGGAGUGACGCUAUCAACAGUGAUCAACAACAAGUAUGUACUUCAAAUCAAGAGGCCUUACACACCAGUCCAGAACGUGGGAAAAGUUUGAAAAGCAAAUCCGACUGUAAUAAUAAGUCGAUCCGUGCAGUUCAGAAGUCAUACGCCUGUGCUGAAUGUGGGAAACUAUUUUCACAGAGGAGCAGUCUACACAGACAUAAAAAAAUCCAUACUGGAGAAAAACCCCACUGCUGUGCAGAGUGUGGCAAACGAUUCUUCAGUAACCGUGAUCUCCAGCGGCACAUCCGCAUUCAUACUGGAGAAAAGCCAUACAGCUGUGCCGAAUGCGGCAAAAGCUUUUCCCAAAACAGCGGUCUUCAGAGUCAUACAAAAAUUCACACUGGAGAUAAACCUUACUGCUGUUCUGAAUGUGGUAAAGGAUUCUCAAUUUUAGGUCAUUUCCGUGACCACUUAAGAAUUCACAGUGGAGAGAAGCCUUUUUGUUGUACUGAAUGUGGCAAACGGUUCACACAAAAAAGCAGCCUACGGAUUCAUGUCAAAAUUCACACUGGAGAUAAACCUCACUGUUGUUCAGAAUGUGGCAAAAGAUUCUUUCAUAGUAGUGAACUUCAGAGGCACACUCAAAUUCACACAGGAGAGAAGCCUUUUUGCUGUUUGGAAUGCGGCAAACGAUUCUCCGACAGAAGCACUCUUCGCCAGCACAAACAAAUCCACACAGGAGUGAAGCUUUACGUGUGUUCUGAAUGUGGUAAAGGAUUCACUAUCAGUAACUACCUUAGGCAGCACUCGCGGAUUCAUACAGGAGAAAAGCCAUAUCACUGUUCUGAAUGUGGCAAACAGUUCGCUAACCAUGGAUGUUUUUGGCAGCAUAAGCGUCUUCACACUGGAGAGAAGCCGUUUUGCUGUUCUGAGUGUGGUAAACGAUUUUCACACAGAAGAAGCCUUAACUACCAUGUAAACAUUCACACUAGAGCGAAAAGAAUCCGAACUGAGCCAGCUGACAAAAAGAACAAAGGGAUUUUAGAAGGAAACUCUGAGGAGAGAAGAGUUUUUCACAGUAACAUGGCCUCGGCCAUAGAGGAUGACGUCAUGGGCGCGUGCCUGGCACACAUUAAACAAGAGGACUGUGAGUGGGGUGCCACAGAGGCUUUGUGUAUGAAGUUGGAGGAUUGUGAAGGAAGCAUUUCCGUUUUUAAGGAGGAGGAGUUGGAGGGGGACAUUAUUCAGGUUACAGUUCAGGACUCGGAAGAUUUCUCAGUUAAUCAUGAAGUGCAAAAUCAUGAAACCCUUUUUUAUGGAGAUUCUCAUUGCAGUUUACAGCCCCAGUUUACUAAUACGAGACAACUCACCACCCAGCAGAAUUCUAUGGAACUGAAAUCCGAGUUUUCUGAGUUUCACGAGAAAAUCUUUGAAGGAAAAGGGAGAGAAUCAGAGGAGCAGCAGUCAUCUGGAAGUGUGGAAAUAAAUUUCCAAAAGAAUGCCAGCUUUUCCACAUCUUCAUUUGCUCAGACUGCCCUUCAGUGCAGACUGCAACAUAACCAGGACAAGGAGAAGUUGAAGAAAUUAACAAGAGGAUCAGAGAUUUUGACAGCAGCCCCUUUGCAGUGUAGUUCUCUUCCCGUUGUCAAGCUAAGAAUGAUGGAAGCCAUCAACACUGAGGAACAAGUGCAUAAACAUAUUAUUCACACUGGAAAGAAACCACAUUGCUGUCCAGAAUGUGGCAAACGAUUCUCACAAAUAAGCCAGCUGCAGACGCACACAAGAGUUCACACCGGAGAAAGACCUUAUGGCUGUUUUGAAUGUGGCAAAAGAUUUUCUGACAGUAGCACUCUUCGGCAGCACACACGAAUCCAUACCGGAGAAAAGCCAUAUGCCUGUUCUGAAUGUGGCAAACGAUUCUCACACGUAGGCCACCUCCAUAGCCACACGAGAAUCCACACUGGAGAAAAACCCCAUUGCUGUCCAGAAUGUGGCAAACAAUUCUCACAAAUAAGCCAUCUUCACAUCCAUAGAAGAAGUCACACUGGAGAGAAACCCUACUGUUGUUCCGAAUGCGGAAAACGCUUCUCUGACAGCAGCAGUUUUCGGAAACACACUCGCAUUCAUUCUAGAGAAAAGCCAUAUUGCUGUUCUGAAUGUGGCAAACGAUUCUCUGACAGUAGCAGUUUUCGGAAGCAUGCACGCAUUCACUCAGAAGUGAAACCAUACUGCUGUGUUGAGUGUGGGAAACGAUUCCCUGACAGUAGCACUUUUCGACGGCACACACGGAUUCAUACUGGAGAGAAGCCAUAUUGUUGCUCUGAAUGUGGCAAAAGAUAUUCCAGUAAUAGCAGUUUUCGAAAGCAUACAAAAAUGCACACUGGUGAUACCAAACCUUACAUGGCCUCCGGUAAACCUGAUUGCACAGAUGAAAGACUGCCACACAUUAAGCAAGAGGACUGGGAGUCGGGCACGCCAGACGAUUUAUGUACAAAACCGGAGGACUGUGAAGAAGCAUUUUCAGUUUUUAAUGAGGGGUCCGAGGGGAGGAAUGAGGAUAUCAAAGUCGAGGAUUCUAAAGAUUUCUCGCUUUGUUUCGACCUGCAAAACCAUGAAACUGGGAACAUUUUCAAGCAAGGUGUUUCUGAAGAAUCCUACUCUGCUUUACAGCCCUGUUUCAGCAAUUCAGGACAACUGCCUACUGGGCAGAAAACGAUGGAGAUGAAAUCUGAGUUUUCUGAGCAGGACGAGAAAAUCGGUGAAGGAAACGGGAGAGAUGCAGAAGAGGAACAGUCAUCUGGAAGUGGCGCAGUUUAUUUCCAGGAGAAUGGCAGCAUCUUUCCAUCUUUAUUGUAUCCGACUGCUCGACAGUGCAGGCUAAAACACAAACGGGACAAGGAGAAGAUGAGGAAAUUAACAAGAGAAUCAGAAAAUUUGACAGCAUGCCCUUUGCUGUGCAGUACUCUUACCAUUGCCAAACUAACACAGACAGAAACUAUCAGCACUGAUCAACAACAGGUUUUUAACACGGGUCAAGAGGUCUUAUGUGCUGGCCAAGAUGGUGGACAAUUUUUAAUAAACAAAUCUGACUGUGAACACGACAAGUCAGAUCAUACAGGACUGAAAUCAUAUUCCUGUUCUGAAUGUGGCAAACAUUUCGCUGAGAGCAGCUCUCUUCAGAGACAUGCGAGAAUCCAUUCAGGAGAAAAGCCAUAUUACUGCUCUGAAUGUGGCAAACACUUCUCUGAUGGUAGUUCUCUUCAAAAACACAGACAAAUUCAUACAGGAGAGAAGCCAUUUUGCUGCUCUGAAUGUGGUAAACGAUUCUCUGACAGUAGCUCUCUUCAGAGACACAAGCGAAUUCAUACUGGGGAAAAGCCAUAUUGCUGCUCUGAAUGUGGCAAACGGUUUACCACCGUCACCACUCUUCAGAAGCACACACAAAUUCAUACAGGAAUGAAGCCACAUUGCUGUUCCGAAUGUGGCAAACAAUUCACUGACAGUACCUGUCUUCAGAUACAUGCAAGAGUUCAUACAGGAGAGAAGCCAUAUUGUUGUGCUGAAUGCGGAAAAAGAUUCACCAGUAAUAGCGCUUUUCAGAAGCACACUCGAAUCCAUACAGGAGAGAAGCCACAUUGUUGUUCAGAAUGUGGCAAAGGAUUUUUCUUUAACAGCUAUCUUCAGAACCAUAUGAGAAUACACAACGGAGACAAACCAUACUCUUGUUCUGAUUGCGUCAAACAAUUCACCAGCAUCAGCGGACUUCGGAAGCACAGACGAAUUCAUACUGGAGAGAAGCCGUAUUCUUGUUCUGAAUGUGACAAAAGAUUCCGCGACUGUAGCGUGUUUCGGAGGCACAUAAAAAUACAUACUGGAGAGAAGCCAUAUUUCUGUCCUGACUGUGGUAAAAGAUUCUGCAGUUAUAGUGGUCUUCAGUAUCAUUCAAAAAUUCACAGUGGAGAAAACCUCAUCACUUUAACGAAUGUAGGAAAGGAUUCUUAGUUUUAAGUAAUUUUAAUGAGUAUUUAAGAAAUUCACAGUGGAGAGAAGCCUUGUUCUUGUUCUUGUUGAAAAUAAUUCUCAAACAGCAACAAUUUUUAUAAGUAUCAAAUAAAUAUUGCCAGUGAGAAGUC